ACAAGUACAUGAACACGUGUUCCAUAACAAGCGAUAAUGCAGGGAGCAGGAACCAGUGUAAAUGGGAAUCACCACUUCCUCCAGUAUUUGAGCAACUUUGAGCUCCACGUUAGGCCUUCCUAUUGAUCAGACGUGUGAGAUUUUCUUCUCUCGGAAAUACGGAACCACCAUUAAUUGACGGGCAAGAAACAUGGCAAGCAACAACAAUUCUGGGAUUGUAAGUAAAUGGUAUUGCUACGGGGAUAUCGCAUAUUUGGAAACAAAACUAUGCCUCGGUGAUAGGCUGGAGUUCGAGUGUAGCGGUAUGUACACGCACUGGGGUAUACACGUCGGUGGAUACAAAAAUAUGCAACACGCCGUCAUCCAUUGCGAUAUAUUCGAUGGAGGGGCGGCAUUCUCCACAGACAAGGCGUCCUCUGCCAGUCGAAAGUCCGAGAUACGAGCUGAUAAAAUUGGAAAGAUUCUCGGCGGUUAUGGCAAGGUGAGGAUCAACAACUCAACAGACAAAACAAUAGAAUCUCUGGAUCCCAACGUCAUCGUCAAAGUAGCAAAGAUAAUGCAACGAAGAAAAACACCGAUAGAUGUCAACCUUCUCGACAGCAACAGCGAGUACUUCGUGAAUCUUUGUCGAUACGACAGGCACUGGAGUAGCCAAGUUUUUGCAGGAUACAAUUUUGGGAUUGAGGGUAAACGGUAUACCUCUAAGAAUAUCGCAGACUUGGAAGACGAGGUGUGCCCCGGGGAUAGACUGGAGUUCGGCCACGCCUUGCACUCACACUGGGGUAUAUAUGUCGGUCGAUACAACGAUAAGGAACAUGCCGUCAUCCAUUUUAGUAUAUCCGGAGGAUGGUCUUCGUUCUCCAAAAAGAAGACAUCCAGUAGUGCGUUUGCUGCCAGUCAAAAGCCCGAGAUAUUAGCUGACCCGAUUGGUAAGAUUCUCGGCGCUUCUGGCAGGGUGAGGAUCAACAACACAAGAGACCAAACAGUACAGCCUCUGAAUCCCUACGACAUCAUUAGAUCAGCAAAGAAAAUGCACCGUGUCAAAACGCCGAUUGAUUACGAUCUCCUCGACAACAACUGCGAGCACUUCGUGAAUCUGUGUCGAUACAACAAACCCCACAGUGAGCAGGCUGAAGCAGUGCAGACAACCGGGGAAAACGUUAUAUUGUUCAUACUGGGAUUCACAAGUCUCCUCAUCGUGUUGUAUCUGUCAUAUCCAAAGCUUCGUGGAAUUCAACAGCAAUUGAGCUGGUGGUAGAGAAUACAACGAAUAGUGACGCGCCGAAUUAUUGGCGAACAGCGAUACAACCAAUCGGCCCAUGGUUCGACGAGAAUUGACGGUUAGUGUCGUAAGGAUGCUAACAAACACUAGUGGAAUUAUAUAUUGAAACUGAACUU